UCAGCUGCGUGGCCGAAGCAUCCUCAGACCAAGAGCCCGAGUCCUCUCUAGGUUCCCUGUGUUUAUCUCUCGACGGGACCGCUGAAAGGCAUUAAAACAACUGCGGUUCACCUCGACUCUCUUAUGCGGUCUCCAAAACCAAGACGGCGGUGCUGCAUCUAUCCUACUAAGUGCCAUGGCUAGAAAGACGGACAUCCCCUCCUCUUACUAUGGUGAGCCACGCAAGUUCGACCCAAACUUCAGAGGGCCUAUUCAUAACAGGAGCUGCACUGAUGUGGUUUGCUGUGUUAUCUUUGUCAUUGUCAUCCUCGGCUACAUCGCUCUGGGAACCGUGGCCUGGAUCCAUGGCGACCCCAGGAAGGUCGUCUAUCCAACCGACAGCCACGGUCAGUUCUGUGGCCAGAAGAACACCCCCAAUGCAAACAAAGCCAUAUUAUUCUACUUCAACAUGUUGAAAUGUGCCAAUCCUGCAGUUUUAAUUAACCUACAGUGCCCUACAACCCAGCUCUGUGUCUCCAAGUGCCCUGACAGAUUUGACACUCUCCCUAAUGCAUGGAAAACCAAUAAGUGGGAAUAUUACAAGCAAUUCUGCAAGCCAGGCUUCGUGAUUGGCAGUAAGUCAGUGACAGAAGUCAUGCGGGAUGAAGACUGCCCAUCUAUAAUUGUGCCAAGCAGACCUUUCCUUCAGCGGUGCUUCCCUGAUUUCAUUACAAGAAAUGGACUUUUAACCGUAGCCAAUCAGACCAUGUUCAGAGAUGGUGACAAUAAUGAGAGAAGUGUCAGCGACCUCAAAGAUGCUGCCAAGGCUGCCAACUCUGCACCCAAAGAGUUCUGGACUAAUUUUAAAGGAGGUAUCGCCAGUCUACUAAGUGCCAAAGAAGUUGGCAUGAAGAUCUUUGAGGAUUAUGCAAAUUCCUGGAUGUGGAUCCUCACUGGUCUGGUGAUAACCAUGAUAGUCAGUCUGCUGUUUAUCCUGCUGCUGCGCUACACGGCUGGUGUGCUCCUGUGGCUCAUUGUCUUUGGUGCCAUCGCUUCUGUCGGCUAUGGUAUCUGGCACUGCUACUGGGAAUACAGUACUCUGAGAGGGAAGCCAGGUUCUAACGUCACCAUCUCCGAUAUCGGCUUUCACACAGACUUCAGCAUUUACCUUAAGAUCAGCGAGACGUGGCUCAUCUUCAUGAUCUCGCUGUCAGUGAUUGAGGCCAUCAUUGUGAUUAUACUGAUAUUUCUGAGGACGAGGCUGCGCAUCGCUGUUGCAUUACUGAAGGAGGGAAGCAAGGCCAUUAGCUACAUCAUGUCCACUCUCUUCUACCCUAUCAUCACCUUUUUCCUUCUGGCCAUCUGCAUCGCUUACUGGGCUGUUACAGCAGUCUUCUUAGCAUCAUCUGGUUAUGCAGUUUAUAGGGUCACACCUGCUGAUGAUAAAUGCAUGUACGCCAACCUCACAUGCAAUCCAAAGACCUUCAGUCAGACCAAUAUCACCAAAGUGUGCCCCGGGUCACAAUGCAUGUUCGCCUUCUAUGGUGGGGAGAGUGUGUACCACCGCUACAUUUUACUCCUCCAUCUGUGUAACCUGUUCGUGUUCCUCUGGCUCGUCAACUUUACCAUCGCCUUGGGCCAGUGCACCCUGGCUGGGGCCUUUGCUUCCUACUACUGGGCCCUGAAGAAGCCAAAAGACAUCCCUACCUGUCCGCUUUACUCGUCAUUUAGCAGAGCCAUACGUUAUCACACAGGUUCCCUCGCCUUCGGUUCUCUGAUCAUUGCCGUGGUGCAGACGGUCCGAAUUGUUCUCAUGUACCUGGAUCAGAAACUGAAAGGUUCUCAAAAUGCCUGCACUCGAUACCUGCUUUGUUGCCUCAAAUGCUGCUUCUGGUGCCUGGAACAUUUCAUCAAGUUUAUAAACAGAAAUGCAUACAUUAUGAUAGCAAUAUAUGGGAAGAACUUCUGCACCUCUUCCAAGGACGCUUUCUUCCUCUUGAUGAGGAAUGUUAUUCGGGUGGCUGUCCUGGACAAGGUGACAGACUUCCUGCUCUUUUUGGGAAAACUGCUAAUUUCAGGAAGUGUCGGUGUCCUUGCAUUUUUCUUCUUCACACGUCAAAUACCAGUCAUUCAAGAGGAGGUGCCAUCCCUUAAUUACUACUGGGUGCCCCUUCUGACGGUGAUAUUUGGAUCUUACAUGGUUGCACAUGGCUUUUUUAACGUCUAUGCCAUGUGUGUGGACACAUUGUUCCUGUGCUUUUUGUGGGAUCUGGAGGUGAACGACGGCACUCCUCAGCGGCCAUUCUACAUGAACAGAAGCUUGCGGAGCAUCCUCAACAAGUAGAACAUCCUCAAAAAGACACAAGUAGAAAGGUGAGGGAAGGAGAAAGACUGGUCACAGACCAUGGUACAAGCCCAUGUGGCAAACAUUUUGCCAAAUGUAAUUGAAGUAUACAGAAGUUGCACUGGUAUACUAUAACGGACAAACUGUAAAUAAGCAGAUAUAAUAAUCUGAUUCAUUUACACUGAUGAAUGCAUUUGGUAGUUUGGUAUUCAUGUCUAACUCAAUGAGUCUAAAAAAGUCUUUGUAUUGGAUGGAUAAGACAAAGUCUUAGCAAGUUCUUGUAAAUAUAGAUUUUUUAAAUGUAUAAAUGAAAUAUGGUUUGCUGCAUACUUUUUACACAGUCAAAUCUAUACACAGCUACAGGCAUACUACACAGUAAGUUCCUUUUGGAAUAAGUGAUUUCUUUCUUUAUUGAGCUGGUGGUAAACCUCAGCUGUUUUUGUUCUUGAGCUCUUGUAGAUGACAGUUUUCACCACUUGGUGGUGCCAGUUAUUUCAAGACAUCUUAUGUUUGCGGUUGUUCAGGCUGCAUGUACUGCUUGAACGAUUUUUUUUUUUUCCAUGAGAUUGUUUAAGGUCAGCUUAUCUGUGUAUUGUUAACAGUUUCUGACCGCAGAGUGUCUCACAUUGAGAGAAAUAUUCAGCACUCAGUGUCCACUGUUUUCAUAUUUAAGUGUCAAGGACAUAAUGGCAAAGCAGUUCAAAGUGCUGCUUCGUUAAGUGCCUUUUUCUUAGACUUGCCACAUUGAGUGUCUAAUUGCAUAUUGCAGCUACAUAGUUUACAUUUGAAGAUGUUUUUCUGAGGUAUUUCAAGAACUUUCUUGGAAGCAAUCAGUGAGUCCAAGCAGCAAAAACCACAGAACCUGUACCUGUAACACGUGCUAUUUUUUUGCUUUUUAACCUGCUGAUGAUAUGGGCACAUGUGUUAGACACAAACCAAUAAUUACAACAAUCACAACUUGUGUAAUGUGGUGAUUGGCUGCUCUUAAAGCGAUACUCCCCAAAAAUUGAUCUUAUUAGUUUUAGAGUCACCUCCUGUAGGUGAGUGGUGGCUGUUAAAUGUGGUUUCCUUCCCUGAUCAGCUGCAAUUGAUGUCAGUCACAAUUUACUCCAAUACAAGUAAGUUUUCAAAACUGGCUGUUGUUUGUCACUUUAUUCACUUGUGACAUUUGACAGCAACAAUCCACAGGUAAAUACAGCUGUGUGUGGCUCAUUCAACUACAUGAGCCACAAACACAGAAGCUUGUCUAAGCUGCUGGAGUGGUUUAGGAAGUUUCUAUAUUAGUUUUUAGAGUUUUUCCAAAUUAUAAACUUACCAUUUCUGAUCACAGCCAUUGGAGGAUGCAGCUUCAACCCAACAGUAGGUAGAUCUUUGCCACUAACAAGAUAGAUUUUGGGUAGAGCAUCACUUUAAUUUUGACAAUUAUUGAGCAAAAUAUAAGAUUAGAAUUUCUUGUUUGAGUUACAAACAUCAUUUUAAAUGAUAGCUUUUUCACUAUGGGUCCUCAUAUUGAGCCAACGUGGUCAAGCUGGUCCUGCAUAAUAUUAUAGUUAUUAGCAUCCUAGUCAAACAACAUAUUUUAUUAAUCAGAUUAAUUAGUUUUGGUUUUUUUUUUACUCACUUCAACCAAUGCAAUAUAUAUAUAUAGUAUGAGCUCAGAUCUGGCAUCAGCAUAUAAGCUCCUUUGGUUUUUCUGACACAACUGAGGUGAAGUUCAGUUUGCAUGAUUGUAGUGUUAAUGAGCCAGUCAUGUAAAAGACACAGUUUUGUGGAUUUGUCUGUUUAAUGUAAUAUUUGAUUAGUUGAUGAAAUCCUGUGAGUUGCAGCUGAACCUUUUUUCUUUUUUUGUCUUGAAGCCAGCAUCCAGUAUAUUCUUGGUUAAUUUCUUUGCACAAUGAGAUAUAUGAUGUUUGGGUGUUAGCGGGGUGACACAGCUCUUAGCAGGUUCACACACUGUGUCCUUGUAUACUACAGACAUUAAACCUUUGAUCAGGUUUUCUUUUGUCCAAAUGGGAUUUAUGCGUCACUCUGUAUCAUACUGACCUUUAAAUCUUCGAGAAGCAGCCUAUGUUUGUGAGUCUUUGUAUCUUGUUUGUCAAACCUGAGAACCUACCCUCAUGGUGCCUCAGAGUGACAGCACUGCCAGACUUACACACCUUCUGCCCGUUUGAGCUGAACACGCUGGGACACGUACGACAUUAACCAUUCAAUAAAAGCAAAACAACUCAGCUUGUGUAUUUGAAAGGAGAGAAACGAUGCAUGUAGUGCUCACUAUGGCAUAUUACACAUACUGCAUGUUGUUUUUUCCUUCUUUUUUUUUUUUUUAUACACUGAAAAACUACUAUUUACCCUGUUGAAUUUUGUAUCUUUUUGUGCAUGCACCUCAGGUUUAGUUUCAUUCCCAUGAGGGUAAAUACCUAAGAUCUGAUAAGUGAAGUAAAAACUGUGUUUUUAUAUGCUUCCCCCUCCCUCCCAUGUCUGGAAAUUAGAUUCUUUUGGUCAACCACAGUCAACAAGUACACACAAGUAAAACCUCUCUCCCUGUUAGAAUGGGUGUCAGUUUUCUUACUGCAAAAGACAAACCGAAGAUGCAGUGCUCUAAGCUGUCGAUCGACAGAAAGAUGAGCUAUACUCCAAACUGUUUUAUUUAUUCUGUCUCAUUUGUGCAGAAAACUGUCCGUAUAAAUGCCUCUGUCAUAUAUUUAUUUAUACAGUAAAAGAUGCAUGUAUUUUUUUAACAGAAUAUAUUGUCUGUGUCUAUAUUCAUCAUAACAUAGAUGUGCUUUGAUACUUCUGUUUUUAUCAAUAAAUUGUUUUUCUACUUCACACA